GUAGAGUGUGAAACGAAACGUAGGUAAAUAAUAAGGUACAAGCUGUAAGCUGUAAGCUUCGUUAUUUUCGUUGAGUUUUCUGAGAAAUCUUCACUGAGUACUCCUGGCUGUGAAGCUAUAGAAUUAAAAAUAACUAACUAAAACUGAGCAAAGAUGAAAUACAAAUACGUACGAAGGCAAUGUUUAUGUUUAUGGCGCGUUAAUAUAAUAUUAUUCAUUUUUUUUGAAGUCCCAGAGAUAAAAACCUAUAUUCGGCUACAGCGAUGGUAGAACCGUGGUGAACUGACACGGAACAGCCGGAAAGUGAGAUCAGGCGCACCGCCACACGCACCGCGCAGAACCGAUAGGCUUGGUAUACUCUCUGAAACAUGGGUGUAGCAUUACCUACUCUUAGACAAAGACAAGGCUAUUUCAGCGUGACCCGGGAACGAACCUAACACCUUUGUUGUGAUGUUAUUUUUAUAACGACAACUUUAAAUGGUUGACACAGCUUAAGUGCAGAGCGCUUUCACAAGAGCUGGAGGAGUUUGCUGGAGUACGGGUUUGAUGUUUCUUGGAAAUACGUUUAUGUUCAAAGAAACAAUAUUUACGAACAUAUACUUUAACAUCACCCACAAAAACAGACUAUAAUGGAAUUAAGACAAGAUUACGGCCAAUAUAUGUCCAUCAUGAAACGGAAAAGGCUUAAGAUAUAUUCGGAGAUCAACGUGCUUCCGAAGACUGGAGAAUAUUUUAUCCCACGCGAUGACGAGUAUACUAAGUCAAAAGAGUUCAGACGGAAACAAGAUAAUACAAAAAACAAACGCUCUUUAGAUAAUGACUAUCCAAAAAUAGUUGCAUUUCAAGACGAUACAAUCAUUGAUGUUUAUCAAAGAAACAAAACCUUUCACACCUGUAUGCCUGAAACAAAUAACAUAUACUUCUAUGAUGUUAAAAAUAAAUGUUAUUAUGGCGGCAGCAAUAUUACGUCUGCUAAAAAUAACUACCAAAACGAUAUUAAUUCCGAUGAAAAUCGAUUACUAAUAUUCAUGGAAUAUACUAACAAUACUAUGCACAGAUUGUUAAAAGAUUUGAAAAAAAGUAAAAUACCAGGAACACCUGACUUGAGUGCAAUUAUAUUAGUAAUUGAUUCAAAAAAGAUAAAAAAUAUAUUCAAUGUUGAUAAGUACAUGAGGAGACGAAAUCUGAAUAGCGGCAAUUUUAAUUACAAACCUAGAGACACGGCCCUAUUAUUCAGUAAUGUGACAAGCAACCACUUCGAUAUAACAAUAGAGAAGCGAUGUGGAUUUAAAAUACAAAUUUACAAAAACUCAUGCAGAAACCUCUUAGAAACUCUGUUGGCUGUUUGUAAUUUAUCUCAAUAUUUUUACCCAGCUUAUGAAUUGAAAGUUCCAGCGCUAUGCACAAGGAACUGGUAUUUCUGGAAUAUUUCUUUUGGAAUUUUAUUAAGUAUAGUUUUGAGAAAUAUUAACGUUAUAACUUUAAAUGUUAUGAGAAAUCUUUAUUUUGUACUUAUUAAAGGGAAAGAUCCUAAUUUACACAUACAAAUUAACUUAAUAUUGAAACAAACAAUACUCAUGUUAUACAAUGCAGACUCCAUGAAAACAUUUUUGCCUGGAUCAAUUAAUUGGACCUCUGUACACAAAAACAUUUUACGAAAAUCUACCUCAUUAGACAGCAUCUUGAAUAAAUUGAACAAAAAGCAAGAGCUUCGCGACGCAAUAAAAGAUGUUCAAUCAGCUGAGAGUGAUUACCAGCUCACACACACAUUACACACUCAGUCAUAUGAAGCAUCACACAGUGAGGACGGCUACGAGGCUGACUUCGGUGACGACACGUCUGUACCUUAUUCUGAUACAAUAUUUGACAACCAAUCAGACGUCACUAUAAAUCUGACUGUGAACAGAUCUGCUGCAACAUCUUUUAUUUUUCCCACUGACUACUAUAUUGUGGCUGACCAAUACAGAGAACUCCAGAAGAAAAACGCAAGCACAUUGUGCAACAUUAAACUUAGAUCCAAUCAUUCGUUGUUUGGGCAAAGCAAAUUGUUCCUCACAAAGGUAUUGAGAGGCUUUAUGAUAAACUGCCUUUACAUGCAUGUUGACCGAGAUGAUUACAUUAACGAAACUAUGUUUGAGUCGGCGACAGCUGGUUUCUAUAUUAAAUUCAUGGAAAAAUGUUGGAAACAGAUAACAUGUCAAGAGCUUUACAUUGAUAUUUUGAAAGAUCUUACGCAAUCUUUAUUUCACACACUUUUUACUUAUACACUAUAA